AUGGCAGAACAACUUGUGAGGAGGACCCUUCGGGACUAUUCUAUGCCAGAUCCUAAUAGUUACAGAGAGAGCAUUGUGAGGCCUCCUAUUCAGGCCAAUAAUUUUGAAAUUAAGCCUGCACUGUUACAAGUCAUCCAACAAAAUCAGUUUGGAGGUGCAGCUUCCGAGGAUCCAAAUUCUCACCUGAAGAUCAACGGAGCUACUGACGAUGCAGUCCUCUUGAGGCUUUUUCCUUUUUCAUUAUGGGAUAAAGCUAAGAGUUGGCUUCAUUCACAACCUCAAAGGAGUAUUUCUACAUGGGAUGAUUUGGCUACAAAAUUUGUGAACAAAUACUUUCCUCCAUCCAAAUCAGCAAGAAUGAGAAAUGAGAUCACUACUUUUGUGCAACAAGAAUCUGAAUCCUUAUAUGAGGCAUGGGAAAGGUACAAAGAGCUAAUCAGGAAGUGUCCUCAUCAUGCUUUACCAGAUUGGCUGCAGGUGCAAAUUUUCUAUAAUGGCCUUUCACCCUCUUUUAAGGCAAUUUUGGAUGCAACAAGUGGAGAGUCAUUUAAUUUGAAAACACCAAAGGAAGCUUUGGAAACUCUUGAAUUGAUGGCAAAUAAUACAGUGAAUAUACAGUUUGAUCGCCAAAAUAAGAGAGGUGGAGUAUUGGAGGUUAAUACUUUGGAUGCUAUCUUAGCUCAGAACAAGCUGUUAACCCAACAAAUUACUGAUCUGACUCAACAGUUAGGUAGUAUGCAAGCUAAAACUAUUAAUACAUCAUCCUUAUUGGUGUGUGAUUUUUGUGGAGGAACGCAUCAAAAUGGUGAAUGUCAAGCCACUCAACAAGAAGCACAUGUUAAUGCAUUGGGGCAACAACAGAAUCAGUAUUCUAAUAACUAUAAUGCAGGUUGGAGAAAUCCACCAAAUAGACCUUGGGGUGGUCUAGCACAAUCUAGCCAACCAAUGCCUCCUUACCAAUAUCAAACACAAUCUAGCAAUCAAGGGAGGAAGAUGUUUACUUUGGAGAGUGAUUUAGAAAAAUUAUCUUUGCAAACCUCUACCUUUGUGGAGCAAACUUCCAACUUCAUGAAUGAGACUAGGACAAAUUUCAAGAACCAAGAAGCUUCAAUCAGAAAUUUGGAGAAUUAG